UCCGACUGCUGUUCUUAGUUAGCUUCUUUUCAUCGAGAUUUGCAGCCCCCUUUCAGGCUUAGUAUUUGCAGUUGAACCAUUCAAUCAUGGCCACCACUUCGGAUUCAGAAUCCUCAACUUCUUCUUCUUCGAGCUCAAACGAAGCACAGAAGCCCCAGAUAGAGCCGUUAAGGCUGCCAACGAUCGAGGAGAUCCGUGGCCAAGACAUAUGGAACAACUGCGCUGUUCGAAGUGUUGUUAGCGGAGUAAUGGGUGGUGGGCUUGGGUUUUUCAUGGGUAUGUUUCUUGGGGCAUUGGAUAAUCCUCUAAUGCAAGAGGAAAUGACUGCAAGGCAACAAUUCGUUUAUACUGCAAAGCAGAUGGGAAGGAGGAGUUUAAAUUCGGCCAAGACAUUUGCAGUGAUGGGAUUUGUUUUCUCAGCUGCAGAAUGCGUUGUUGAGAAGGCACGGGCUAAGCAUGACAUGACGAAUACUGUUGUUGCUGGAUGUGUAACUGGAGGAGCGAUAUCUGCUAGGGGUGGUCCAAAGGCAGCAUGUGUUGGAUGUGCAGGUUUUGCCACGUUUUCGGUCCUGAUUGAGAAAUUUUUGGAAAGAUAUGAAUGAUAAAUUGGGUAACCAGUCCAGUUUUGUACCGCUAGUCCACCCAAAUUUGUUUGAAUCUAGUUUUCUCAAUCAAGGCAUAAUGUUUUUUCAUUCUUAAACCCAUUACGAGUCAUUUCUUCCCUGUUUCGUAUGGGAUGUAGCCAGAAAUUAUUAUGAUCUCUUUGAAGUGUUGACAUUUUCAUGC